GACACUACGAUUUUGAAUUUUCUAUUGUUGAAAAUGUAGAAAGCAUAAAGCAGAGGAAUCCCGAAUGUUACAGCAAACAGCAAAGUGGUUGAAGCAGGAAAGGAACAGUCCAGAUGAGAUAAGAAAAGACUAUGCCCGUCCCAACAACCUACCCCCUUUUUCAGUUGGUGCGUUUGAUGUCCAUACGGGAUGGCGAAGACACAGGGAAAUCAGUAGUGGUCACUAAACACGCCUGGGUAGAGGCCGGAGAGGAUAAUUUGUUGGCUUUGUAUACCACAAAUGGCUACCUUUUACUUAGGUUAUCAUCCUCUGGGAAAGUCCCAGCAUACCGACAGUUGGUAUGGCCUCAUGAGAAACCAAUCUGUACUAUGUGCUUCGACCCCACUGUGUCCUGGUUACUGGUCGUCACAGAAGAUGCCACACUCUUCAUUAUCCCAGCUCGAUCAAUUCUGGACAAGUCUGCCAGAGUCAAUCAAAUAUGGAGCCUAGAUGAUGUCACAAUUACCAAAGUCAAGAAAACCAAAGGUCUUCCCUCAGUUGUAACAUGGUGGCACACUUUGGAUGAUCAACAAAUUGCUAUAAUUGGAACAAGGAGCGGCGAAAUAGUAGUUGUUGACCUGGUCAAGCGAUGUAUUGUUAAUGAGUUAGAAGUCGAUGCCAGCAUUGCUAACUUUGAUCUCAUCCAAGAUGAUCAUCAGAUGUCAACCUAUCUUCUGAUUACUGGAAAAGCAGGAAUUCAGUGGAAACUCCUGCUAGAAUCCAGGACAUCAGAUGUGAUCAAGUUUGACCUUGAAGUGUCUGACCUUGGAUAUGACCAGAUUGAUGGUCGGCAUUUACCUAUCACUAGUAUUACUGCUGUCACAGAUGAAACCAAACAUAUCUUUAUGCCACUGAGGUUCUAUCAAUUCCAAAGAUCAGUGGCCUUGAGUCCACAGAAUGCCAAAGGACGUCACUUCGUAGCUGCCCAUGACAACAAAUCAUCCACAUAUCAGGUGUUUGACAGCAACAUAGAGCACUCACCAUUAUUUGUGUACAAAUUACCAUUGGGUGCCUGUAACAUCAUUCUCAGUGACAAGACAAUCUAUACAACUACCCGAUUGGCUGGUGAAAAAAAGCUGCUGGUGAUAGCCAAUCAAAAAGCAGAAACUUCAGUAGAGGAUCAAAAGGAAUUCAACAAGGAGGCUAUUCUGCAGCACUUUGAUUUACCAGUGGAUGAAAAACUGUUAACUGUAGUAAAGAAAUCCUUCCCAUUCUACUGGCAUGACAAGAGAGAGGAAAACCUCAGGCAGCAAAUGCUGAACAACAAGGAGACAGGGAUGUGGGACCAGGCUGAUGAUAGAAUUCUGGGGACAUACGGGGGAGCGUAUCGGUCAUUUGAGAUCCAGAUCACUGGUCACACAGUGCUGAAUGGUUGUCUGGUCGUUACUGACUCAGCUGUGUAUGAAUUAAGACCAAGAAUUUCUGCAGAACGUCUUUUUCUUGACCUGGCCCUUGGUAAAUCAGAUGCCAGUGUUACAGAUAAUCUAGGGAUAGCCCUGGGUCUAGAUAUCAACACUCUGUACGAGUUGUCAGCCGAAAACUGUGUACAGAACCAGAGUUAUGAGAGAGCCAUUAAACUGUUCAAAAUGGCCAAGUCUUCUUACAUGAAGCGGGUAUCUAGCUUUGCCAAGCAUGGUCGUGUACAGGAAGUGAUGUCACACCUACGACAGGCCUUAGGGGAUCACUCUUCAGACCUGACCACGGUGGAAAAGAAACAGCUGUCAAACAUGGCCAUAUACUGCUAUGUGUACCUCUUAAAACAAGGAACUGGUGAAGAACAAAUCAAAAAGACUUUUGUGGAAUUUCUGAUCAGCAACUUUUUCUAUGAUGAACAAAUGACCCUUAGUUUAUUAGCAGAAAAUAAUCUGACAGAUGUCUUAUUAGAGAUGUCCAAGUCGAGAGGUCUAGUAAUGGAAGCUUUGAGUCUUCUGGCUGAGAACAAGCACUUUGUGAUAGACCCAGACAUGAUCACAGGGCUUGUGUCCAAAGGAUUUACCAACCAUCUCAUCCAGGCUUCCAAAGGUGUUUUCCUGCAGUUUAUGUCCCCCUCCUCACUGGUAGAUCUGCUGUGUAGUAAGCCUGACCUGGCCCUCCCUAAUUACCACCUGCUUCAGGCCGUCUUACAAGAUUUAGACGUUCCUCACCUGGAAACACUGGCUCAGGUGUUUGACCCUUCAAGGAAUCCACUUAGGAGCCAUCUUUGUAGACAUAUGGGGUCCAGGCACAGAACCGCCAGUAUUAGUUCUGUGUCCAGUGAUGGAGAACCAGGAAUCCUGGAUGGAGGAUUGACUGAUAUGAGUAGACUGGUGGAGGUCUUUAUUCGCAUUAUAAUCCAUCUUAACAGGAGGAGGGAGGAAAAUGGCUACAUUCCCUCAGUGCAGGAGUUGAUGUCCAUCAGCACAACAGAAGCCAAACAACGAUCUCAGAGUCAAGCUCAUACAAGUCAACCAGUGCCAAGAAGAAAGCGCCUGUCAUAUCAACCUCGUCCUAUAGGGGCAGGGCCUCAGCAUGUUGCAGUGGUCAGAAACGGAGAGCUUUACACCUGGGGUAAAACUUCACAGGGGAGGUUAGGACAUGGAGACUUGGCUCUAGAGAACACGGUAUCCCCUCCCUGUAGAGUAGAGACUCUUCACAUGCUUCAUAUAAAAGUAUUAUCUGUCUCUUGUGGAGGAGAACACACAAUCGCUCUAACCCAACAAGGGGUUUAUGGGUGGGGCUCCUCCAAGUAUGGUCAGGUGGGGACAGGAACUACCCACAUCUAUAGCCGUCCAAUGUUGAUUGAAGCCUUAUCAGGGGUCAGCUGUGUUGAUGUAGUGUGUGGACAGUAUCACAACCUAGCCCUCACAGUGGAGGGGGAUGUGUACAGCUGGGGUUGGGGUGUGCACGGUCAGUUAGGCCAUGGCAGCAUUGAGGAUGAACUGACUCCCACCAAGGUCACGGCCUUGACCCCGUUACAUGUGUCCCACAUACAGGCCGGGCAUUGUCAUUCUCUGGCACUUACUGAGGGGGGGACGGUUUAUGCAUUUGGAUGUGGUUUCUUUGGCCAGCUUGGUCUAGGACACAAUAGGAAAGCCACAGUUCCAGUGAAGAUUAAUACACUGCAUGAAAAAAUAGCCAUUGUGGGGACAAGAUAUUUCCAUAAUGUUGCAGUAUCCUUAAGUAACAAAGUAUACACGUGGGGAUGUCACCCCUAUAACCUGAGGUUUGUAGCUCACGCAGCCAGGAAGGCCCGUCAAGCCGGAAAAUUCAUGGGUGACCCUGUGGAUCAAUUCCUUCUACCAGAAGUGGUGGAUACAAGUUAUGUCCAUGGCAGAAUCACAAAGGUGGCUGUGGGAAGCUCCCACAGUUUACUGAUGACGUUGGACGGAGAUGUGUACAGCUGGGGACGUAAUGCAGAGGGGCAGAUUGGCAACAACACUAAACAUGAAAUGAAACAUCCAAACAUUAUAACACAGAUCAAUGAUCGUCAGAUGGCCCAUUUAGCAUCAGGAGGAGAAUUUAAUGUUACCAUGGAUACAGAGGGAUUGGUUUGGGUCUGGGGCAAGAAUGACUUUGGACAGCUUGGUCUGGAUAGAAUAGAUAGUCCAACAGCUGCCAAGCACAGCAGAGUGCACACCCAUCACAGACACAGGGAAACAGUGACCACGGUGACAGAGAUACUGGUCCCCAGUGUUUGUGCUGGUAUCCCACCUCCUAGACCUGUCAACAGGUUAAGGCACAAUAUGUCACAGUCAGACUCGUAUGACAGCAGUGAAGAACAUUGGAUGGGGUUAGAGAGAGUUGACCACAGACACCUGGAUAAAUUAUCUGAUCUUCAGAUGCUUACUGAGGCCAGGUACAAUAGACUGGUCAUUCUGGAAGUCUUAGAGCACCUGUCUGAUUUCUGUCACUGUGUUCAGUUGCUAAGGAAGUGUGUAGACAUGAAGGACUGGCUCAGUGCUGUGUACAUCUGUAUACACCAACAAAACUACCCGCAGGCAUUGACCUUUCACCUCUCUGCUCUUAAAAAAUACAAGCAUCAUUUUGAGAAGAAGUUCAAGGCCAUUGUGGCAGCAGUCAUAAACCUGUACAUCCAGCUAUGUGUAAAACAGGAUUUAUCAGCAGGCCAAAAGGAAGAAAACUACAGGAUUCUCAUCAUGGAGAUCCUACAUUUCUGGGAGGUGGAGCAACUAAUGACCAGUGACCUGGAGAAGUUAAUGACCCCUUACCUAGAUCAUCUGUCUUGUAUCCUAUCAGUCAUCAUAUUCUGGCUGCAGAGUGAUAAGGAAAGUCAUGUUGCUGAGGCCAAGCUUCAAUUCUCAACUAAAUUCUCUCUGACAGUUUUACAAAAUGUAGUACAAAAAAUACAGUCACUAGACUUUGAAAAGAAGCAUCCAAUUUGUUACCAUGCCUACCAGUCUGUUGCCAUGGAUACCAGAGAAGGACAAGGUCUUGACCUUCAGCCUAGUGAAAAAAUGAUACCAUAUCAACAGCUUUGGCAGGACGUGGUACAGAAUCUGCAGAAGGGGGCAGAGUCGCGUCAAUUCAUCUCAAUGACACGCAGCGAGAUUGAUCAUCUGGAUGAAAAACUCCAUGGCAACCAGUCUAGUGACACAAGCCAAGACAAUAACAGUGUUCUGUUCACCUGUGGGCAUUACUAUACAAAACAGAAUUUCUUAGAGGAGGUGUUGGUCAAGUUUCAGCGAGAAUUGUCACAUGGCCCCGCUAGUUUACCCACCAGUGCCCAAGUCCUGGUGAAGUAUUACAAGAGUAAUGACCUUCUUCCUCUAGCCUGUCCUAAAUGUGUUCUCAACUCCCUGCAUUCUAGUGGGAAUUAAAGGCAAAAAUUCUCAACAUUUUCAAUAAAACUGUGAUACACUGUAUACAGGGAAAUUUUCACCCCCACUUUAUUUUUAGCCUCUUUUGCCUACUUACAGAUGGGCAAAUCUGAAACGGGGCGAAUAAACAAAAACAAAGUAUAAUUUCUUAAACAAAUUGUGAUUGGGCGAAUUUAAAAUGGGGCAAAAUUAUUUGCAAGUGUGAAAAGGCAAAAAUAACAUAGGACAAAAAUAACCCUGUAUACAGUACUUCUGUAGAAAAUGUAGCAAUGAUCCACUGCCAUAUCAUCAAAAUACAUUUGACAUUUUCUCAGAAUAUCAAUUUGUGCAAUAAAAGGGAUAUGUUGAAAUUAGUUGGCAGUUCAAAGCUUUCAUACAUUUGUGUACAUCUGAAAUUUGACUUUUGGGACACUUGAAUAUGUCUUAGGAUUUAUGCUGGUCUCAUCUAUUUGAAAGUCAGUUCUGAGUGUAAUCGCAAUUAAUGUUCUUGAAGGCACUCAACAUUAAAAACUGUGCCAUGUAUGAGCCAAAAGUAUGACUCUAUAUAAUAUUAUUGUAUGUAGAAACUAUUUCAAAAAUGUUACUGUCAUUAUGUGAUUUUUAUUCAUUAGAUGAAAUAAUGAUACAGGUAUUCCAUAUAUAUUAGGUAAUAACUGAAUUGUAUACUUAUAAUUGGCAGUUUGUUCAAAUUAA